AGCGGCAUUUGUCUCGAAGCAUUCUACCGAUUAUCGUCUCGACUUCCGAACGCGCGAAAAAUCGGCGACGCUUCCAAAAAUGCGCCACGUGAAUUGUCUUAUCUAAUAAUUUUGCCACUAUUGUUCGCACGCAUCCUACGAUCUGCGAUUUUUUCUUUUUAUCGCAAACUCUUUUAUCGCUGUAAUCUCUAUUGAAAAAGUGUUUAUCUUUUUCCAGCGCCGUUUUUGUCCAAAAAUAUAUUGUAAUUUAUUUAUUCUUCCGACUUAAAGUUUCUUUGCUUCAACUCGAAGAUUAUUGGAGAAAGUAUUACGAAUUGCGGCGGUGAAUUGUGUCGUGGUGACUUGAAAUGAAAUAUUAGGAUUAGACACAAUUGCAAGAAUGGCAAGACAAUUUAUGUUAUGCUUGGUAGUGACGUUGCUGAUGGUUUUCGCUGUUAUCAGCGUCUCUUGUGAACAGACUAAUCAGGAUGGACAGAAAAUACAGAAUCGUGGUACUGCACGAUAUCAUUUCAAAUUAACAUCAGAAUCGACUGACUUUACAGCACUGACAACCAAAUCGCCCCGCAAUAAAAGUUCUCGUGCAGAAACAGCUUUCAAUUUAGAGAAACAUGAAACACAUUUUAUGAAGGAAAAUUCAUUCAGAUCACGAUCAAGAAUGGCUGAUGGCGCCGCUGUUACAACACGAAUAAAUGCAAAAUAUUUAAAUUCUAAUGUUAAUAAUUUACAAAAUCGUUCAAAGUUGCAUACCUCACAAGUAUUUAAAAAAGAAAUAAUGAAUAGUAGACACGGUGAUAAUAAAGAAAAUACGCCUGAAUCACAAAGGUUGAAACAGCAAACGGCUUCUCCACGAAUAUCUUUAAGCGCAUCUUCUGUUUGGAUAGAUAGUGCGAAAUUGGAUCACGAGGUAUUUACAAAAUCACCUGAUUACUCGAGAUCAAGAACUGGAAGAAAGAUUUAUACAAAUUACAAUGGAAAAGAAUUAAAAAGUCAAAUAAUUCCAUCUAGAAAGUUAGCAAAUGAAAAUAUAGAAAAGGAAAAAAAUCCGAUCGAUAAACUGGAAGAGAAAGAAGUGCAAUUAAAAAAUCCGAGAGUCGAGAAUAUUGCCUUAAUAGCUAACAUAUCCAAAGUGAUAAAUACAAAAAACAUGAACGACUCUAAUAAACGUAAAGAAGAAAGUAUAAAAGAACGAGACGUUCUGCCAUUAGAUUUCGAGAGUGUUUUAAGAGUAAACAUUCCUCUAACAAUUAAAAAUGACGAAAAUGCCAAUCUUCUGACAUCCGCGACAAUCUCAUCUGUCAAGAUGUCUCUGAGACCAGCUUCAAGACUGAUUAAGGAGAAAGUGGAGAGCAACGAUAUCGUGGGCUCGAACACGAAGAAGAGUAAACAGUCCGAUCGAUCGAAAUCCCGCCGCACAUCCAAUGCAAACAAUCUCGAGACAGUGAAUUCCGAAAGCAUCUCCCGACGGAGUUCGCCCAGAUCCGCCGAGAUUGCGAAUAUGGGGAUAAACGGACGAUCUUCUAGUGCUAGACGUAGAUCUAAUGCAAAAAAUGUUAAUUCCAGGAAUCGAUCCGCGCAUAAAUUAAGAGACAUGAACACGACAGAGACAAGAAAUAAUGAUAGAAAAAAAGAUGUGGAUACUAAUUUUGAGACAAAUGUAAAUGAACAGACAAAAACACGACGAAAAUUAUCCAAUAAUGAACGCACAUCUGAAGGAAAACGGAGAUCCAGGAAUAAUCGCAAAUUAAAAGUUACAGAAACCAAAAUAAACCAAGAUAAACAAAAUGCUCGGGCGCAAUCUGGAAAUUGGUCGCGCACAGUUAGCAACCUUGACAUUACCACUAGUAUUCCAAAGGCGACCAUUGCCGAAGCUACGACUAUUUCUUCUUUGAAUAUAAAAAUUGCGACAGUCAGUUCUCUUUCUACGACGAUCAAAUCAUCAACACCCGCACGAGUAUUCUCUUCAACCGAGCAAACUUCUCGGAACAAGGAAAAAAACAGAAAAGAAGACUCUCAAAUAAAGAAACCCAUGAAGGAAGAUUUUUUUAAUCAUGGUUUAGGCUUUCGGGGCCGGAAGAUCUCUAUCGAGGAAUCUUCUACGGCUAUUGCAGAUUUAAGGACUACUACAUUUAAAAGCGAGACGCAAUUACAUGGCAAUCCCGGGUGGACUCUUAGACGCCGACCUAAUUACAUCAAUCACGAUACUCCAUCGACUACCUCUGCAUCAGUUAAUCAAAAUCAGACUAACGAAAUCAUCUUGUCUAAUGAUUUAUCGAAGAGUACCGAAACGCCAUUAAGUAAUGCAAAAGUUUUAAGAAGAGGCACUAAAAGACCAAAAGCGAAAGAUGAGAACAAUACUCUGUCGAGUGUUGCGCCAAAGAAUGUAACGAGAGGUAGAAAAACCUUUAACAAAUCCGAAAACUUCGGUUUACCUAAGAGCAUAGAAUUGGAGGAGAGCGACAAUUAUCCUUUGGCAUUCCGAGAUAGAUUAUCUCAAUUGAAAAAUUCUAACUUGAAAUUUACUGGGGAGAAGAGUACAACAAGGACUAGCUUGCAGGCAACAAAAUCAAGCACGGAAAAUCUGUUCUCCGAAAAAUCUAAGCUGAAAUUGGACUUAGCUAGGAGAUUAAUCAAACCUGAACUAAACGUUGAUGAGAAUAACUUUGACGAAAUGAUUUUCGUCUCUCAUUCUGAUAAAUCACAAGUGAAAGAAAUUUUACCUGUCAACAAAGACAGAAAUGUAGAAAAAACGACGAAGGCAACCAGCAAAUUUAAUGGCGUGCAUGUAUCGCACGAAAGUUCAAUAAUUGCAAAUACGCAGAAAGAGAAAUCGAUUACGAGAGACAGAUGGAAGAUCUUGGAAGAUAGACAAUCCUUGAAAGAUCGAAAUAUCAAAGGUUCGUUCAGAUCAUCCAUGAUUAAAAAGAAUCAGAUACCUACAGAAAAAGCGAUCAUAUCUUCGUCUCUAGAAGGAACAUCAUUGAGCAGUAUUACUAAAUUUAAUAUUAUACCACGCAGAAUUACAAUUUCGCGUCGCGGUACCAUAUCCGUAAAGGAAACAGCCGCCACGACUAUCGAUACGAAAGUUCGAUCUUCAAUGUUGCAGAGUACCUUGGUACCGCGAGAAGAAACAUCAACGUUGGCAAAUACGAUGGAAACUCUAGACAAGAACAAUAUCGUUACAACCAUAGAACCACUAAAGUUAGAUGAAACAUCUAUUGAAAUAAUUAAGUCAGAUAAACAAGAACGCAGUAAUAAUGACAUACAAAAGGAAACUGCUGUGGCAUUGGGCACUACGUCAAUUAUGGACACGUUAAUAGAAUCUAGGAAUAUUUACACUACGGAAUUUGCUCACGAAAUAACACUGUCACCAACAGUUACCACGCCGAGCAGCAUGCAUUCAUCAACAACGGAGUCAAAAAAGCUGUAUCCUGUUUAUAUUCCUGACGCAAAGAAAUAUGACUUGUCGGAAAACAAGAGCAUGAAAUUUGUGAAUGAUGCAAGGAAAAGUAUUUUUCAGCCUCGUUAUACAAAGCAACAGGAACCAGACAAAGUGGCAGUUUCUAUGGUAACAUCGAUGACUGUUGGACCUACCAGCCGAUACAUUAAGAAAAAAUCGGGCGUUUUCACACCAUACGAUGCCGUUCCCAAGCCACUCAACACUGAGGCGACAUUUACGCAGACGAAACAUAGGGAGUUCCGUCCGCGAACGGCAACUUAUAGGAGACAUUCCGAAGUACCAACUAGUCAAUUGAUGAUCCAACAGUCGAGUAAAGCGGAUAAAGAAGCGAUUGCUGAUUUCGUCACCAUAACAUCAAAACCAACUAAGUAUAAUACACAUGUCACAGCAAGAAGUCAUUCUAAUUCUUCCAAGCCGCUCGUUAAUGUGAAAAUCGACACUUUAAAUGAUAACCUGCCGCUGGUAUUUAUUGAGAGCAGCAAUAGCAACAGCAGCGAUUCCAAUAUUUUCAAUCCCACUAAAAGCGCAAUUUUUAGCAAGAACGUUACCACACUGUUGGAGCAAUUACGGAGUACUGUGGCACCGCUCUUGAAUUCUUUAAGUGAAAAAACUCCCAUUUUCUCUGGAGCUUAUUCCAAUGUGAAUAUCGGGAAUUCCGCUCCUAGGAUAACGCCCAACGGUUCUGCACCCAGAUUCAGUGCGAGAUACAAAGGAGCGGAAUUAUUUGUAAGAAAACCGUCUAUUGAGCAAGUUGUAAUACCAUCGAUCACAACAUCAUCGACUACAACUUCGACACUAAUAGAGAAUUCUGACUUGGCGCCGCCCGUUCACAUCAACAGCUCCGGCGAGCCCAGAUUCAUCACUUUUUAUCAGGCAUUAGAGUCAGCUAGCAUAAGAAACGAAAAUCUGAGCGUAAAUGAUGUAUCUCAGCGGCAAAAACUAACUGGCGGGAUAACGAAGGUAGACUCUAACGCUACUGUACCUAAUGGCAUCAAUAAUGAUACUGCUAACAACAAUGAUAUCGCAAGCCCAAAAUCCGCAACUAUCGCGGCUACAUCCUUCCCAGAUAUUUCUACCAUAGAUAUUACCACUGCUGUUCAAUCGGCAAACCUUUCGUUUGCUUCGAGAUUAGCUACGGAGAUUAUCUCUGAUAAUAACUCGAAAAUCAUCUCGACGAUAAUUCCAAUAUCCGCAAAUUCAGAUACAAACGGGCAAACGACAGCACCUAUUAUGAAAUUGUCCAAAAUCAGCGCCUCUGAUAAUACAAUGACAAAUACAUUGGCUAGCGCAAAUAUUUCGAACACCUUAAUGUUACUUAAUGUUACCACGAACGAAAUAGUCACGAUUGACACAUCGACAAACGUUGAUGUAAUUUCGGAUACAUUGCCUUCCAUGAAAUUUACUUCCGAAAAUAUUCGACCUUUUGAAUCGGUGAAUAUAAGCGCUGAAACAAUGAAGUUAAUGACAUCAUCCACUAUUAAACCAGUCACAGAUGUAUUCACACCUGCCUCUAUGAAUCUACAAAUAUCGACUAAUAUAUCGGACACAACAUCUCCAAUCACCGAAAGCGUUAUUGUAACACAAAUAUCAUCUGAAGCAACGACUAUAUCCGUGAUGAAUAAUAUAUCUGAGAAUAUUGAAACGAACACCGUGCAACAGUAUGAUAAAACAACGCCUCAAACGACAAAAAUAAAAGAUGUAACUGAAAAUAUAGAAAUGAAUAUGAUACAACAAUUCGAUGCAACAGUUCCGCCCCAAAUGACGGAAAGUACGAGCACCAUUGAAUCCAUAACGACAGAAGAAAUUUCUAACGACAUAAUUGAGAUUCAAGACUCAACAGUUAGAACAUCUAUUGAAAAGCCUACUACUACGACUAUUUCCUCCAAACUAUUCAACACAAUAUUGGAUUCGUUUAUAAAUACAAAAAAUUUGGAAGAGACGACUACCUUACGGGAAACUAAUUCGAGGAACGUCGGAAUAAUACCUAUUCAAGAUGUCGAUAUCGAGUUAAUAACGACGCAAACAACGACAAAGAGACCAGGACAAAAAAAUAUAGUAGAUUUGGUUACUGCGUUUUCAAUCGCACACAAUCGAUCUAAUGAUCAAAAAAUAAGUGCAUUGAAUAUGCCAAAUUCGAAUACAACUCAGAAUGCAAAAGAUUCAUCAAUAGACGCAGAAAUCAUGACUAGCUCGCGACUUGCCGAUUUUAUUACGAAGAACGAUUCACGGUCGUCUAAUGAUACAUUGCUUACUAAACUAAUGACUAUUGCGAAGACACUCUUCUCGGAAGAAAUAAAUGAAACGCGACAAUCGUUAUUCAUGUCAGAUCAAAUUAAUGAUUUUAAAAUAACUAUUAUUCCAGAUAUAAAUAACUUGACUCAAGCUGAUGGCAUGAUAAAAAACGAUGAUAAAAAUCAACUCAUGCUUUCGAACAAUAUGUCAAAAAAAAUUAAUGCGUCUACCGAACUGUCGACCGUUUUAGAAAAAACUCUCGAACGUAUAAAUAUCAUAACAUCCAGAAAUGAAACAGAAGAAAGAUCUAAUCGCGGCCCUAUUGUAGGAACAGAAAUUUUGUUAAUGGAACUUAACACGCAACCCACUGAUAUCACAAAUUCAAUUGAUGAUACAAUGACAACAACAAUUGCCCAAGGGACGGAGAUCGGCUCACGAAUCAUCCAAUCUGAGCAACCAACUGAAACCACCAUCACUAGCAUUUUUACCACAUCCUCUGAAUUUCCCACGGUCGACACGACUAUCUUAUCCUCAUCAAUUGAACCGAUAACGGACACUGCGACAAUGACAUCGACGAUAACGACAACGACUCUUCAAACGACAUCAACGAAACCAUCGCAAGCCGAUUUAGCUACCACUGCCAGCUUCAUACCCGAGGCAACCACUCCAGUUAUCAAUAUUAACGAAAACCUUAUCUCUACCGAGACGACAAUUAUCGAUACUCAAAACACCAUGGUUGCUUCAAUUGAAUCAGAGGAACUGACGACAACAACGACAAUCACAUCACCCAUGAGUAUGCCGACGGCAACAACUAUAUCACCGACCACACAAAGUAUUACUUCAGAACAAGUAAUAUCACAUCCGCCAUCUUUGGAUAUUAUAAAUAUGGGAUCCUAUCUAAGAUCUUUUGGUGGCAAUCAGGCGACGACACCAGCUUCGAGAUUCAGUUCUUCCAGCAAAACACCAAUUCGCGAUUAUCAGGUUUAUGGUAUUUAUCCCAACAAAACCAUCGUGCGGAAGCGACCGGAGGACAAUCUGAUCGAUGCCAGAAAUAUAAAUAGUCCGUAUGUAAUAUUCGGCAUCUUCCCGGACGGCAGAUUGGUUCGCAAGUUUCCCAACGGAACAAUAAUAUCGGAUUCACCUAGGAAUCCAGUCGAGGUUGUGUUUACGCUUAGCACUACCACUACUACUAACCGACCAGCAUCCAGGCCAUAUUAUAACCAGGUUAACCAAGCGGGCACUUAUAACCAAUAUAAAUCUCCUCUAUACUAUAGUAACUCAAUGUACUAUAGUAAACCCGUGGACAAGCUGACGGGAGACAUCCAGAAUCUCAGCCCUGUUGAUUUUGGAUUUACCGAUAAUGCGAUCAGCGUUCCCUCUGGAGUUGGCCCAAAAUUCGCGACAUCAUUUGGUCCCCCUGCUAGCACUCCGUGCGCAAACAAAAUGAGCGAUAUUUUAUUAAACACCCGAAUGAAUACGCUGCCGAAUGUAGCUUCUAUGUAUGGUAAACUGCAAGGUCCAAUUGGCUCUUCUAUCAUCAAGGAUCAUGAAAGUAGUGAAGCUUCUCGAAUAAAAGUAACAUCUAAUCAACGCAGUUCUGUAUAUAUCGGACAGGAUAAAUUUAUUAAUUAUCAGAUUGACAAUGCACCUGAUAUCAAUUCAAAAGUGGUUGAUGUGAAAAUAAAUUCAGUGGCUACUUCUAUGAAUGAAGGUGUAGCAUCAUCUAUGACAUCGAUCCCAUCUUUUGAAAAUUUGCUGAGUAACCAGUCGGGUGGUGGUAUAGUAACAACACCUUCCGGUUUUCCUUGGAAGGAUCCCCUCGAUCAGAUAUUCGGUAUUGCUACUAAUUCAUCUAUACAAAUAGCAUCCGUGGCAUCGAAUCAAUUGAAUGAAACGACCGGAAAUAAUGGACCGAUUAUGGCACGUCCUAUAAAUCCCUUAGUGGAAGUCUUCACGCCCAUUAUAAGUGGUGUAACUCCAACAAACUUCAACAAUGAAAGUAAACCAACAACCUUAUCAAUUAGUUCCAUUACAACUACUACUCCUAUUACCACCACUAUACCGAUUACAACUACUACUCCUAUUAUCACUACUAUACCAAUACCAACUACCAUAGCAACAACUACUGCGGCUACUACUACAACUACUACUGCAACUACAACAUCUACUACUACGACAGCUGCAACUACAACUACUACUAUUUCGACAACUACUACUCCUACAACGACUACAAUAAAUCAAACAACAAGUAGUACAUCUGCUCCUCGGCGUAUAACAACUACUUCCUCCAUAAAUAUUUCAUCGGAUAUAACAACACAUUCAAAUAUAGUCUCACCUACUGCGACAAUAUCGGCGGACAAUAUACUAAACAAGUUACAGAUGAAUACCAAAGAGAACGUCUUUGGUACAACAUUCGAAGAUUUAACUUUCCUAAAUUCAUUGUUACAGAACAACAACGUUAAAACUACAUCGAAAACACUAAAUGAUAUAGAGCAAAUGUUAGCAAACAGGAUUUUAGCAUUGGCUAAACCUGGAUUGACACGAUCGCCAAAAUCGAUAAAAACCGUAAGCUCAAAUAGUGUUCUUAAUGCAAUUAAAGAUUUUCCAUCAUCUGAGUCAUCUUCCGAGCCAAUAAUAAUUGAUUUAUUGCCGUCUUUGUCAACGCCAUCACCAAGCAUUAGCGCAUCAACUACAAAGAAAUAUACAGAAGCAGAAACGUCCAUGUUGGUACAACCUAACACCGUGCCACUUACUACUAAGGCACCAGUUGUUAUUACUGCUAAAUCUAAAACGACAAUACAACCCAAAACUACUACUCAAGCACCCGUAGGAUUUGGUGUAAAUUUAUGGCGGGCGUUAUUUGGGAGUAAUCGCUUUGAAGCGUCCACAAUAGCGAGUACUAAAAAGAAUCCGAAGUCCGUGACUCCAAGAUCAGUUCAAGCCACUCAAAAGUCCAUUGCGAUUACUCCGAAACCAGUACAGAUUAUAAAAUCAACUACGCCUACAAGUCAUAUAAUGUCUGCUAUUAGGUCACAUUCAACGCCGAGAACCGUCGAUAUCUCAGACAUCCAAGUGAUUUCGACUAAAUUGCAUGCAGAUAAUGUUGAUUCCGUCUCUGCUUCAACACUAAGUCCUAUUUCAACACAACGAACACUUUUAAAUAAUCCAAAUCCUAGAUUGAACGAUGUUUCUACAUCUACAUAUUCAUCCAAAGACGAUGCGAAAUUCUUGGCUGCGCUCUUGCGAUCCAUACAAACAGGAUCAAAAACGAGCACUUCCACAACGACAUCUAAAAUAAUUGAGGAUGACGAAGCUUUCUUGAGAGCAAUUUUAAAUAAUCAAGCUAAUAUUUCUACUGUGAUACCAUCGUCCACCGAAUUGAAUCCUGCUGCUUUGCUGGCAUUACUUUUAAAGCAACAAGGCAUAGAACCAUCGACACCAGCAAUAAAAUUCAAAGAACAAUUGCAAUUAGCUAAUCUGGACUUAACUACUAGUCGAUCAAUGACAACGACUACAAAUAGACCGGCCUUCAGUUCGAGCACUCAAUCUGCAGUUAGCAUGAGAAGAACAACUACACCAAGACGAAGUACACCAAGACAAUCUUCGAAAUCAUCAGAACGAAUUCCAUGGUCUCCUAGUUCAACAUAUCCACCUCCUCUCUUCGGAGAAAAUUCGGGUAGUGGAUUGAUCACUGCUACUAGAGCCAUCGGUCAAUUCCUUGGCGCUGCCAUUACGGGUGCAGCUCAACAAUUACAAUCUUUUCUAAGAAAUGGCACCAGAAGCAUACCUGGAUAAUAUUAGAAAAAAGAAGAUAAAUAUAUAUUCAUUUCCGUUUGAGAACAAAAAUAUCAGAAUUGAUAUUAUAUUAGUUAAUUAAAUAGGAUCUUAGACAACACCACGUCCAAAAUCGGGGCAUAAAAUGUCUUAACCCUUUCGCUACAAGCGUCCUCCGAGAAAUUCACGAUGAAUGAGACGCCGCCAAAAAUGUAUAUACUGCGCGCGGACAGUCGUCAGCGGUUGGGUUUACGUCUUAUUCCUAUAAAAGUUGCUUUGAUGAUGCUUUUUGAAAGAAAAAGAAAUUUUUUUAAAAGAUGAUUUAUAAUUUUAGUCGCCUGUCGUAUGUAUGUGGCAUCUUAUGGAGAGCGACUAUAUAGUCGCCCGUCCAGCGAAAGGGUUAAAUUUAUAUUUUAAAGGGUUAUAUUUUAAAAAUGUCUUAAAAACGUCUUAUGAUAUGAUGGCUAAAAGACAUCUUAUGAUGUUUUUAGGAUGUCUUAAUGACACAUUUUUAAGAUGUCUUAUGUUCCGAUUGUGAAUAUGGUGUUGUCUGGAAUUAUGAUUACCAUUGAAAAGGCAUAUAAUAACAACAUAAAAAUCGAUGAUAGAAAAGAUUAAUCAAAACGACAACAACUAACCCAGUAAACACCGUUAUAUUAAUGUAAUAUAAAAUUAUGUAAUAUAUUAUAUAAAUACGACACAAUUGAAUAUUAUAGAUAAUAUUACAUAAAUAUUACCUUUAAGCUACUGAUUGAUUGUAACUUUCUAUUCAUAAAUGUAACAUAUAAUAUAAUACAAUAUCAUUGUCGUAUCGUAAUUAUAUUCUACAUAGUAUAUACUAACGAUUGAUGAAACGUAAUUAAAUAAAUAAUAAAAUACAUAAAUUAUAUUUAUUUAUGAUAAAAACUUAAGAUUUAAUUUGGAUCUCUUAUGUUUGUCUUACGUUAGCCGUCCUUUGUAGGCUAUAUAUAUUUGUAACGGAAACUUGAACAUGAGAUAAUUUUACCUGUUUUCGUCGCAUAACGACGAGUAAAGAAACAAUAUUGCAAUAAUAUUUUAAUACAAUAUCGUUAUGUAAUGUUGUAAAAUAAUACAUAUGAAAUAUUGCAGUUUUAUAUAUAGAUAAUUUACAUUAUAUUCAAAAAAUUAGAAAGAACAUAAAAAGCAAUUAGUCCACAAACAUAUAAUUUUGUUACAUUAUUUGUUACAUUAUUUGCUAAGUUAUAUUACUGCAACAAACAGUGUUUACUGGGAAGCUUUUUCAACUAUUGUAUUAUAAAUGAGUUACUAAGUUACAAUGAAUACAAAUAAAUUCUUUUUUUUUUAAAAAAAAAACAUAGUUUUCUUAGAAUAAACAAACUGCAGUAUGUAUUCAAACUUAUAUCAAAUAUUUAGAAUUUCUAAUAUGGAUUUUCUCUAAUGAUAUUCGAGUAAUUUUAAAUCGAAUGAUAUAAUUGAAACAGCUAAAAUGUCAAUAUCUUGAUCGAACAUUUCCUACUAAUACCCAAUUUAAAAAAUAAUUUAAUAUUAUAUUAAUUUUUAUAUAUUAAUAUUCUAUAAUAAUUAAUAUUAUAAUAUUUAUUAAUAUUAUAAUACUUUAUUUGUCGUUGUUAAUUAUUACUCGAAUUUGAAAAAUAGCACUCAAACACUCUUAAAAUUUUGAGAAAAGAAUUAAUUAAAAAUUGUCUCAAAUUCAAUGUCCCAAUCUCAAUCUCAUUUUUUAAAUUUUUGUGUAACUAUAUUUUGUAUAAGAAUUUUUAUAUAAAGAACACUUAUGUACAAAAAUAAUAUAAUACACGAAAAAAAUUUCUUUUUAUAAUACCACAGUUUAAAUACUAAAAGAAUACAGCAUAAAUACUUUAUAUGCACAAAUAUAAACUCGAAGAUUUAUAAAACUAAUUUUUCCUUAAAAUCUCCGUACAAUUUUACAAUAAAUCAUGAAAAUUUUACAAAAAUAUUUUUUUUCAAACUUUUAUUGUUGGCAGUGAUAAUUUACAACGAUAAUAUUGAAUGUAUAUUAUUUUUAAACGGUUUUUAAACAUUUCCAGAAUAAAUCCAUUGAUUUUUUUGGACAUGAGCUUAUGGAGAUGUUUAUAACAGUCGUUAAAUAUAAUUAAGAUAAUAUCAGCGCAAUGUAUUUAAUUUUGUUGAUUCUACUAUCCAUACGUCUUCUUUAUACAUUUUUUCUUUAUUUAUACUUUUUUUGUAAUAAAGUAAAAUUGUAUGCGUGUGCUCUGAUUUUUUAUUAUUUGAAUACUACGUACAAAUAACUCUACCUAGAAAACACACAGUUAUGUUGAUGUAAUAUUCCUAUUAUGAAAGUAAAUGUUAUAAGUAAUAUUACCAGUUUGCUACAUGUAACUUAUUUUACAUGUAGCUUGCAAUUUUCUAUUUAUGCAUAUCAUAUUAUGUUACAUAUAUGUUAUGUUACAAUUAUAUAGUUUAUUUGUGUUAGAAUAUUCAAGUGAUUAUAAUAAAUUGUGUGAAAGAAUUACGCCAAGAUUAGGUUUGCAGCGAUUUUUGCAAUUAACGCGAUAAUCAAUAUCUUUAACAAUUUAUAACGUAAAAAUUGUCUGAAUAAGUUAUAUUACACACCCAAGCAAAAUAGAAAAUUACAAUAAUAUCAAAAUGAUUUUUAAUAGUCAUUAUAAUGUCAUUUUGAUAUCAUUGUAAUGUUAAUAUUGUGAUUUAAUGUCAUUUGAUAUUGUGAUUUUCUGUUCUGCUUGGUAUAUAAUUAGUUAUUGAGAUAGUUCGUAAUUAAAUAAAAAAAAUUAAUAAAUUA